UUGCAUUGUACUGAAGUAUAACAGUAAAAAAUUGAAGGAUAAACGGCACCGUGACAAAACAGUUGCGCUAAUCUGAGCCAGAGAGUAGCGGAUGAGUGCUGACCAUUAAAAGACAGUCUCACGAGAUUUGAUAGGCCGCAGGAUUUUGGAGUUUGGAUAAACAAGGAGAUACUUUAGCAGAAAUGAUGGCAGGUGUCAAGAUGGAUGAUGUCGAUGAACCGCAAAGAGAUGUCAGGGCAAAUCAAGUCCUGAGUGACAAGACUUUGCGCAAAAUUUCCGAAAGACUCGGCUCUGAUUGGCAAAAGUUGGCUUCCUUCCUGGGCUUUACUGCGCCUGAGAUCUCCAACUUCAAGACCGACAGUCAAGGCCAGACAGAGAUUCAGAUCUUCAAUAUGCUCGUAAAAUGGAGACAGCGGCAGUCAUCGAGAAGUGACCAAUCCAGAACGCUGGGCAAGGAGUUGCAAGAAAUCAGGAGACUUGAUAUUAUCCAGCAGUUCAAUCUGUUGCCAGACUUAGAAAGUCAUACCAAAGAUAGUGACAGUGGUGCUGCAAAAGUCAUCAAUGAGCCACGGCUCUCUGAGUGCGACGAAGACAUUUUGGAAACAGACGCGAUUUUCACAAAAGAUCCAAGUGCAGGCGGCUACAAUGAAAUCAAUGUGUCUGACAUCAAAACUGAAACGCAAAUUAGUCCCCCAGACAGCCGAAGUAAAGUAUACAAGGCUGUUUGGAACUCCCCGUCAGGUCCGGUCGAGGUUGCCGCAAAGUACUGUUUGAAUUACAAAGAGGAAGAACUCCUCAUUCUGUCCAAGUUGAAACACAGACACAUUGUCCGGUUGAUGGGAAUCGGCAAACUACAGUGUCCACCGGACAUGUGUGUUAUAGUGACACAAUACGCCGAGAAGGGCUCGCUGUACGCUUUUAUAGAAAAACAUCGAAGCUGUUGGUCGGAGGUCAAAAGGUUUUACUGGUUGAAGUGGGCUCUUGAGGGCGCUCGAGGCCUGGGAUACCUCCAUUGCAUGCAUUACCUGCAUGGUGACGUUAAGUCGCCCAAUUUCGUCAUCACGGAGGAUGACACGCUGAAGAUAUGCGACUUCGGAUCCGCGCGGAAAAUCAUUAAUACGGUCAGCACCGUCGGUGUCCGGGGUUCCUGGCCCUGGAUGGCACCCGAGGCCAUGGGAAACCAAGGAGAGUCGUCGAUGAAACCCAAGGUCACAGCCAAGUCAGACGUGUUCUCCUUUGCGGUGGUCAUUUGGGAACUCCUCACUGGUCAAGUUCCCUUCUCCGGCCUGCAACAGCUUGAGAUCUUCGAAACGGUGUAUCGGAAAAAGGGUCGCCUUAAGCUCCCAAAAGAUUGUCCCAAGCACCUGUGCGACCUCCUGAAUCGAUGCUGGAACCAGGACUAUCAAAAACGACCCGACAUGAACGAAGUACAGGUUGCACUGGAAGGUAACAUGGGUCAGGAACGAUCGCCGGACCAACGAUCUGUCAGUUACCAAGCGCCGGCACCAAACAAAGAACCGAGGGUGACUGCCAUCUUGAAGCGGUUGGCUAGCUCGUCGAGUGGAGGGUACGCCGACUCGACACCACUGAGUAAGCUUCGCGGUAUAGCAAUCUCUGAGGACGGUCAGAUAGCGGUGACGGAUUCGUCCUCCAAGCAAGUGGCAAUCUACUAUGGAAUGGACCUACAAACUGUUGCAAGUACCCUCAAGAUAGAAGCAAAUGAUGUUGCUGCCCUACGUCAUUCCUGGGUAGUUGUGCACCCCUACAAGGUUUGUGUGUACAGAAUGGAGGAUGGCAAGCUUGUCCGUGAGUUUGAAACAGAAGGAGAUCGGUCAAAGGUACUGAGCAGCGUCGGGGUAAGAAAAUCUGGCAACAUUGUAAUUGGUGACACCAGGAACUUUAUGUUGAUUGAGUACAAUCCAGCUAAAAACUUUAGACCCGUCCGGUCCAUACGCGUAGACUUGGAGCCCCACUACUUGGCAGUCGACAGCCAGGACAGACUCGUGAUCAGCGGCUGCUUGCAAGCAAGAGUCGACGUGCGCACCGACUUACGCCGGGCGUUUACCAUCCGACCGACAGUCGACGACCGACCCGUGCGAAGCUGCAGUGGCGUGUGCUGUGACGGAACGGGAAUUUACCUCGCUGUCGAAGUCGGAGACGUAGGCACGGGUCACAUCCUGAUCUACAACCAGUUUGGGAAGUACAUCCGGAAGGUGUCAACAAAUCUGACACGCCCUCGUGGGUUGGCGUUGACAGCUGAUGGGAAGAAGCUUGCAGUGGCUGACAACCAUGUGGUGAAGACCUUUCAGAUUAAUAAUUCGUGACAGUGUUGUAAUUGAGACUAUCACAAGACCAGAUUGACACGAAAAAAUAUCAAUUCAGGACCAAAACGAUACCAACCCAGAUCGACAUAAGACAAAAAAGACACAAAAACACUAGAUCGACACAUGACAGACAAGACCUUUCAAGAGAUAUUAAAUUUACAUGACAGUGACACAUUAGUAAUAGGUUAAGAGCGUGACACAUGAACAUUCAGACCAGAGCGCAUUCAAAUUGCUUGUGUCUUAAAUUCAGACCACAGGUCUUUUAUUGUUAAUCUUCUGAUGGUCUUGUUGGGUUGAGGGGUCUUGUGAUGGUUACAAUAGGUCUUGGCUUUAGUAGCAAACGCGACCACAAAACAAAACAAAAUUUGAAAGAAUUAAGAAGAUUGAUGUGGUUCUGAGUUUAUCUGUAAAUAUAAAAAAAAAUCAAUUCAUUGGGAACACUU